ACUUUAGCCUUUGGAGUUUGGUUUCUUUUUAAUUAGUUUAAAUUAAUUUUAUGAAUGAAAAAUAUUGAUAAACAUUAAAAGUAUUUGAAAGAAUAACAAUUUAAACUUAACAAAAGAGUACGUGAGGUUAAAGCAAUUACACGUAGGAUAACAUCUACGUUUUGUAGAAUAAAUUAACAGGUGCAAUAAUGAGUGACAACGUCUCAGCACAACAUAUUGAUCUUGAAAACUGGAUGAGAGAUCUGCCAGAACCACUCAGGAAUAUUCCUCUCAUAUAUUUAGCAAUACCAGGCAGUCAUGAUUCAAUGACAUAUGGCAUAACAAGGAACAGUAGCCUAGCUCCUGAUGCAGAGCCUGUACUAAAGAGACUGUACCCAUUAUUCCAAGGUACGAUUUUACGGUGGACAAUAACACAGGCAAUUGAUGCCUUACAGCAACUUCUCAUUGGCAUUAGGUAUCUUGACUUGAGGUUGGCAACUAAGACAGGCGCUGAUCAGUUCUUUUUCACUCAUGGCAUGUAUGCAGGUGAAAUAUCUCAACCACUGAACCAAGUAAAGGAGUUUGUCGAGCAGCAUCCACAUGAGGUAGUCAUAUUGGAUUUCCAACAUUUCUACGGGUUCACUCCAGAUGACCAUCAGAAACUCAUCAGAUAUAUUCUCAACUUGUUUGGUCCCAAACUAGUUCCGAGGCAGCCUGAUUUAAAUGAUGUAACUCUAAAUACUCUACAUAGAUUACAACAACAGGUGGUUGUUGUGUACCGACAUUCUUCUGUUCUUUCAACUGGGGAGCUCUGGUUGCCGCAGAUGCUGCCAUCUCCUUGGCCUCAGCAGGACACCAUCCGGGGUCUGUUGACGUUCCUCAGAAACGUCAAACGUAACCCCAACAUGGGUUUCGUGCAUCAAGCCGUUUUGACACCUACACCUGGCUUUAUUAUAUUUAGAUGGAUAUCCAGUUUACGACAGAGAUGUGCUAAACCUGUCAAAAACGAAAUCUAUCCAAGACUGUCAGAGUUCUCUCCUGGAAGGCCCGUAGACAGAGAUGGGCCUACACCGGUCAAUGUCAUUAUUGCGGAUUUCAUUGAAAUGGACGAUGCCGUGUUCCCCAAAUCAGUCAUUCAACUUAAUAUGAAACUAUUAGGAAAUUUAAAUCCCAUAACAAACAACUAUGGUUAAGGUUAAGUAAAAAUCUAUAUGAGUAUGUUGCUCUCUUAGUUAAGUAUGUUCACAACAGGCCCGAGAUAUGCACCAAGAGAUAAAGACAUGAUAGUUGUAGGGUGAAAAAGAGCAAAUCUUAGACAUUGAUGUUUGUUUCGAGGUUAUUAUAUGAAUAUAUAUGAAAGAUGUAUGCUCUAGAUAACUACAAUAUUGAUUGCAAUUUGUAAACCUUAAUAAUAUUGCAUAAAGCUUAAAUAUUAUUGCAAAUUAUUUGUAUCCACUAUAUUUUGUAUUCUGAUAUGAUUACAUAAAAUUUUUUUUUUUUUUAUAUAUUUUUUGACAAUACGAACCAAAACGCUGUCGGCCAUGAUGGUAUAUAUUUUAACGGUUUCAUGACGUCAUGUUAUCAAAUCCUUUACCAAACGAAGCGUUUGACAAAAUUUUAGUUAACAAUUAGUUUGACUUUUAGUACUUCAAGUAACAUUGUGACGUCACAAAUGAACGUCAGUUUUUUUACGUUUGGAAAAAUUGAAAAAAAAAUUAUUUUUAAAUUAAGUUUUAUAAGAAAUCCUUAACUUUUAUUAAUUAAUAUCGAUAUAUAUCGGACCCUUAUUCCAUGUUUCAUUCCGUUGAUAUGAGUCAACUACCCUAUUAUCUCAUUAUCUCUUGACGCAUCUUAGGCCUGAGAACACAACUUGUACCUGCAUAAUCAUUCUUUUACAAUUUACUUUAUGAUGUUUUGUUUUUUAUUUUAUUUUAUACAAACUUUAUUAUUAUUAUUUUGCGUGUUUUAUAGUACAAAGGAAAUGUUGUAAUAAAAGUGCCUUAAAAUAAAAUGAUACGUAGUUAA